CUCUUCUGCCCGACCUACCCGACCUGCCCGUGCUGCACUUCGAAGUACACCCUUCGCUUCGCCGUCUGGACUCUGGCGUGGUCUCAAAAUAACUAUUUCGUUACCUUCUUUCUCGUGGUCCAGCGUAGUUUCUCUCUCUAUUUCUAUGUAAGGACGGAGAUCGCGAGCAAAAUCAUCGCUGUGAAGGCGGCUUGAUAUCUAUUGAAUUCGAUAGUCUGAGUCGAUUUGAUGUCGACCUGGAUCUGAACUGUGGAGCGUCUAUUCGAUCUGGGUAUCAAACGAAUUAAUCUUUGCCGUAGAUGGUUGAGCCCUAAUAUUGGAAUUCCCUUGUUACGAGGCGUUGCAUGACCGGAAAUUAGGGUUUCUGUUUUUGGAGAAUUCUUGGAGAUGGUAAUACAAGUAUUUGGAACGGAUCUAGGGUUUUUUUCUCCUCGAAUUAUAGGACGAUUAUUCUAGGGUUUCGUGGAUCGGGAGGUGGAAUUAGGUGGGAUUGAUGUUUCUCGUUCGGGGUAAAGGUGGGAUUGAAAUCAAAAUCGGGGAAGAUGCAAGGCUAUGCAUGGGCGGGAAGGUGAAGAGAGGAAACGGAGGCGGCACAUGUUGCCGGUCCCUGCGCUCGGUACGACGACUGUAGCUUCUGAUUCUACCAAAUCAUCCACCGCUGAUUACUUCUGCAAGGAUGGCCGCAAGAUUAGUGUUGGUGACUGCGCACUUUUCAAACCCCCACAAGAAUCCCCUCCUUUCAUUGGCAUAAUCCGGUGGUUGACAUCAGGCAAAGAGGAUAAUCUUAGGUUAGGUGUGAAUUGGCUUUACCGACCUGCUGAAGUAAAGCUUGGCAAAGGCAUUCUGCUGGAAGCGGCACCAAACGAAGUGUUCUAUUCGUUUCACAAGGAUGAGAUACCUGCUGCAUCGUUGCUCCAUCCAUGUAAAGUUGCAUUCCUUCGUAAAGGUGUCCAACUUCCUUCAGGGAUAUCCUCAUUUGUUUGCAGGCGGGUUUAUGACAUUGCGAACAAGUGCUUAUGGUGGCUAACUGAUCAAGACUAUAUCAAUGAGCGACAGGAAGAAGUAGACCAACUACUAGACAAAACAAGACUAGAAAUGCAUGCAGCAGUACAGUCAGGAGGGCGUUCUCCAAAACCAUUGAAUGGUCCGACAUCAACACCAGCAAUAAAGACUGGAUCAGAUAGUGUACAGAAUAGCACCACCUCAUUCCCUUCUCAAGGUAAAGGAAAGAAGAGGGAAAGGGGUGAUCAGGGCUCUGAGCCCAUCAAACGAGAGCGUUCGUUGAAAACAGAUGAUGUGGAUUCUGGUCAUUUUAGACUGGAGAACAUGUUGAAACCUGAGAUUGCCAAAAUAACAGAGAAAGGAGGACUAGUGGACUUGGAAGGGGUUGAGAAAUUUGUGCAGCUCAUGCAGCCUGAAAGAGCUGAGAAGAAGAUAGAUAUAGCGGGCCGUAUAAUGCUAGCAGAUGUGAUUGCAGCUACUGAUAAGGUUGAUUGCCUUGGCUGCUUUGUGCAGCUCAGGGGUCUGCCUGUGUUGGAUGAAUGGCUCCAAGAGGUGCACAAAGGGAAGAUUGGAGAUGGUAACAGCCCCAAGGAAGGUGAUAAGUCAAUUGAAGAGUUCCUCUUGGCAUUGCUUCGUGCGCUUGAUAAGUUGCCUGUAAAUCUUCAUGCUUUGCAGACCUGUAAUGUUGGCAAGUCUGUGAAUAAUUUGCGUAGUCAUAAAAACUUGGAAAUUCAGAAGAAAGCUAGGAGUUUAGUCGAUACAUGGAAGAAACGUGUGGAGGCAGAAAUGAAAAUCAAUGAUGCGAAAUCUGGGUCUGGCAAUGCUGUUUCGUGGCCUAGCAAGCCAGGUUUUUCAGAAGUUCCUCAUGGAGGAAGCAGACGCACUGGAGGAUCUUCUGAGGUUGCCGUGAAGAGCUCCAUUACUCAGCCUUCUGCUUCUAAAUCAGCACAAGUUAAGAUUGGCCAUGGAGAUGCUUUUUCCAAGUCAACGUCAGUGUCCCCUCGGUCUGUGAAAUUGUCAACAUCAUUUCCUACUACAGUGGCUACUGAUUCAAAGGAUUCACAUUGCAAAAUGGCAGUUAGUGGUGGUGCCUCGGAGCCACCUCUGUCUAUGAUAAAGGAAGAAAAGAGUAGCAGCUCUAGUCAAUCCCAGAACAAUAGCCAGUCUUGUUCAAGUGAUCAUGCAAGAACUGUCGGUUCUAGUAGGGAGGAUGCGAGGAGCUCUACUGCUGGGUCUAUGAGUGUCAAUAAGACCUCUAGUGCUGCCUCCCGACACCGGAAAUCCAGUAAUGGUUUCCUGGGAUCAUCUGCCUCUGGAGUUCAAAAGGAAACUGGAGUGGGCAAAUGCAGCUCCAUGAUCAGGAAUACCACUUCCGAAAAAGUAUCACAGACUGGUCUAAUAUGUGAAAGAACAUCUGAUACACCUAUUGGUGAUAAUGGAGGUAGCCACCGGCUGAUUGUUAGGCUUCCAAACCCUGCCCGUAGCCCAGCACGAAGUGCCAGUGGAGGUUCUUUUGAAGAUCCUUCCAUCAUUGUUAGCAGAGCUUCUUCUCCUGGGCACUCCGAGAAGCAUGACCACUAUGAUCGUAAGGUGAAGGGGAAGAGUGACGCUUGUCGGGCUAAUAUUGUGGCAGAUGUGAAUUCAGAGUCAUGGCAGAGUAAUGAUGUAAAAAGUGGAGUCAUUGCAUCUGAUGAGGGUGAUGGGUCACCUGCUGCAGCUCCUGAUGAACAGCGUUGCAGAAAUACUGGUGAGAUUACUAAAACAAUUGAUGCAUCUAAAGCUACCUGCUCACCAUCUGGGAAUGAUCCCAAAACUGGGAAAUUGUAUGAGUCUUCUUUCAGUUCCAUGAAUGCUUUGAUUGAAAGCUGUGUCAAGUACUCUGAAGCUAGCUCAUCUAUGGUGGGGGAUGAUGUUGGAAUGAAUUUGCUUGCCAGUGUGGCUACUGGAGAGAUGUCAAAAUCUGAUCUGGUUUCUCCCAUUGGUUCUCCUCGGAGAAAGUCACCUGCACAAGAGGACUCCCAUACGAGUAAUGAUGCCAAAUUGAGAUUAUCACAUGAAGAUGCUGGGCCUCAAAACCAAGGUCAGCCUGAUGAGUCUGGAGAUGGUGACACUGAUAAGAAAGGGGACAGAAAAGUCGCAUGCUCCGAUGAGAAGGCAACGGGGGAUCGAAUUGAGCAGCUUGAAGCACCCGGUCAAGGUUUGCAGCAAAGUGGAGACUUGUGCUUCAUAUCUGAUGGUAGACCUGAUGACAACAUAGGUUCUACUUCUGUGGCUAUGUGCACUCCAGAAGCAAGAGCAGAUGGUGUGGAGGGUGAAGGAGGCAACCAACUUCGGGAGAGGAAGAAGUCAGCUGGUCGUGGGGCUGAUGAUGGUUUCCCAGAUAUUAAACCUAGAGCUAGGAGUGCCCUUUUGGAUGAAAAUACGAAAGUUGAUCAUGUGGAAACAAAUAUUGGUAGUAGUGGUAUAGCAGCAGUGUCGGAUUUUGUUCAUGGUUUGGUUGAUGCAUGUAAUGCAGGCAAUGCAGUUUCUGUUGCAAAAGUUGAGAAGGAAUCUGUUGAUGAUUCAACCUCGUGUCCAUCUGUGGAAUUAGAUAGUGAGAACAGCAAUCCUCUGCAUGUGGGGUUUAAUCCUGGCAUUGCAAAUGAGCGGAAGCUACUGGGUGGUGUAGAUCAUGGUGCUGUAGAGUUCAGUGACAAGGAUGCGCUGCUGCCCUCUCUUCCUGGUAAUGUGAUGGCUCCAGAAAAUGAGCUCCGGGGUGAGAAAUCUGUUGACAUGGAUGUGAGAAAUCAUUUUGGGCAGAGUGAUAGCCAAAGAAAGGAGCAGGCAAGUAAUGGUCCUCCAGCUUUUGACGAGCGAGGUGGAGUGGUAGGUUUAGUUGUUUCAGAACAUGGAAAUGAAGGGAAUGAGGAGACUUCUGAAAAGAGGGAGCAACUUGAGACCUGUUCUGGUGGAUCAGCUUCCAAUGAAGAGACGUCCCUAAAACCUGCUGGGGAAAAUGAUCAGGCUUUGAAGGCAACCGGAUCAAAGUUGACUCCUGAAGCAGACGAUGUGGAGGAGAGUAUUUCCAUGGCAGAAGCUUCUUCAUCUGCCACAGCAGGAUCAGAUAUGGCUGCAAAGUUAGAUUUUGAUUUGAAUGAAGACUUUCCUGUGGAUGAAGGAAACCAAAGUGAGCCAAUUACUUCUGCCAUUCAUCUGCCAAGCCAUCUUGCCUUCUCUGUUCCGUCCUUGUCAAGUGUUGUUCCUGCUCAAGUUACUGUUGCUUCUCCUUCAAAAGGAUCUUUUCUUCCUCCUGAAAACCUAUUGAAGGGUAAAGGGGAGCUGGGGUGGAAAGGUUCAGCUAUUACCAGUGCAUUUCGUCCAGCUGAACCAAGGAAGGUUCUGGAGAUGCCAGUAGGUGAUAUCCUUCCUGAUGCUACUGCUGGCAAACAAGGUCGUCCUCCCUUGGAUAUUGACUUGAAUGUUGCAGAUGAGAAACUUCUCGAGGACAUGGCUUCUCAAAGCUCUGCUCACGAGACAGUAUCUGAAUCUGAGCCUGCUAAUAAUCGUGAUUUGGGACAUGGUGAGAUGUUUGGGUCUUCAAGUGCACCUAGCCGUAGUUCUGGAGGACUUGACCUUGACUUGAACAGGGUUGAUGAAGGUACUGAUGCUGGGCAAUUCUCAGGGAGUAACGGUUGUAGAUUAGAAGUCUCGGUUAUGCCAGUUAAGUUGUCAUCAUCCAGUGGACUACCUAAUGGUGAGGUUAAUGUGUUGAGAGACUUUGAUUUGAAUAAUGGGCCAGGAAUUGAUGAAGUUGGUACAGAACCAGCACCUCGCAGCCAGCAUUCCAAGAGUAAUAUACCAUUCUUACCGUCUGUUCCCGGAUUUAGAAUGAACAACGCAGAGCUGGGAAAUCUCUCAUGGUUCCCUCCUGGCAACUCUUAUCCUGCUGUUGCCAUUCCAUCAAUCUUGCCUGAUAGAGGGGAGCAGCCUUACCCAAUUGUUGCUACUGCUGGGACACAACGAAUUUUGGGUCCACCCACUGGUGGCGCCAAUUUUGGGCCUGAUAUGUACAGAGGAUCAGUGUUGUCUUCAUCUCCUGCAGUAGCAUUUUCUCCGGCUUCCCCAUUCCCAUAUACGGGAUUCCCUUUUGGCACUAGUUUCCCUCUACCUUCAACCUCGUUCUCUGGUGGCUCAACGACAUUUGUAGAUUCCUCACCUGGUGGUGGAAUUUGCUUCCCUGCUGUUCCUUCACAGCUAGUGGGACCUACAGGUGCAGUCUCUUCUCAUUACCCUAGGCCCUAUGUGAUAAGCCUUCCUGAUGGUGCUUCCAACAUGGGGGCUGAAAGUCGGAAGUGGGGUAGGCAGGGUCUAGACCUAAAUGCAGGUCCAGGAGUUACAGAUAUAGAGGGGAGAGAUGACAGGAUAACAUCAGUAUCAAAGCAAUUUUCAGUUGCCAGUUCCCAGGCCCUAGCUGAAGAGCAAGUUAGAAUCUACAAGAGGAAGGAGCCUGAAGGGGGGUGGAAUGCAGAGAGUUUCAGUUACAAACAACCCUCAUGGCAGUAGGAGAGGUCUGACUGAAAGAGUGCUGAUUUAUGGAUGCUGCUCUCAGGAUGAGUACCGGCCAGCUCCAAGAGGACUUCAUCUAAUGUGUAUCAGGGGAUGGGUGGUAAGUGAGUUCUUUCCAUAUGUUUAUAGCUUCUGACCACCGCCUCUCUGCUGUACUGAUUGCAACUUACAAGAGUUGUUCGGCUUGUGGAAGCUGUUUGUUCCUUGAAAUUGUUCUGGUUGAUGGCCUCUGCAGAUCAGUUUCCCUUUGUAGAUAUUUAACUACUGGAAGGCUCCUGUGCUAUGUUGCCCAGACACACUGAGAUUUUGUUUCUCAACAUGGUUUGGUACCUUGGCUGUAUCCUGUUGGGUCAACGUCAUUGCCUCUUCCCAUUCCAACCCCUUAUAUAAAUGGGUCCGGGUGUAUGAACUGGCCUGAAGCCCUUUCAUAUCUUCUUUGAUGUUAUUUAUAUAUCUCUUUCUUUGCAUAUUAUAUAGAUAUAAUUUAAAAUGACCAAGAAAUUUUGGUAAUUGAGGUUUUGGUUCUUGAUUUUGGUUGGAGUGGGGGCUUUAUGUACAUUUAUUUCAUGUUAUGUUUAUUGUCACCUUAAAUGUAGUUCAACAAAUACCAUUUCGACGUCUUGUAAGUGCUCAUUAACUGUGAACAAUUUUGAUGUUCCAUCAUGGUAGGUAGGUUUGACCUUUUGUUAUCAGAUCUUAAUUGUUUACAGGAAUAAUUGUUGGCAAGAGUA